UAAGUGCCGUCACCUUGCUUUCUAAACACGAUGAUAUUUCAGUUCAGUUUUGAAAUUAAUACGAUUCGGUAGAGUUUGUUGUCAGUGUUAUAUCGUUGUUAAAAGUUUUUUAUGUGCUUUCGAUUUCAAGUUAUUUAUAAUAAUUAUAAUGAAUGGAAAUGGCAUCACAAAAGAAGAAAAUACAAUUCUCACUGAAAAUUUCUAUGCAUUAUCAAAAAAACAAAAAUAUUCAUACACGGUGUCGUUAACAUCUUGUGGUCUUUAUUUACAGAAGAAUUUUAAUGGUUCUACAAAAACAGACCUAAUUCGUGCUAGUGAUAUAAUUGGAUGUAAAUGCAUGCGUAAUAAUGGCAAAUCCAAUGAAUGCAUCUGUCGUCCUGUAAAAAAUUCAAAUACUUCUAGUCACCAGGUUCGAAUACCUUAUAAUGAAGCAUUCGAUUGUAGUGCUUAUUUGUGUGUCUAUGCAUAUAUAUUGAAGAAUAUUGCCACAAAGAAUGAAAAAAGAGAUAAAAUGAUUGUCACUUUGAGGUUUCGAAAUUAUAAUAAUUAUGAAGAUAAUUUGAAAAUUGCUAUUAAUUGGAAAUAUGAAAUAAAUUCUCUUAUAAGAACUCGCAAUGAAGAUAGAAUUAUAGUUACACCAGCUAAUAACCAGUGUUUGAGUGAUCGAUUGUUAGUAAUAGUUAAUCCAAAAAGUGGAGUAGGAAAAGGAAGAGAAAUAUUUCAGCGUAGAGUGGCACCUGUACUAGUGAUGGCUGAUAUUGACUUUGAACUGCAUAUUACGUGCAUGCAAAAUGAUGCUAGAAAUUUAGUAAGAACUAGUAAUAUUUAUGAGUGGGGUCGAGGUAUAGUUGUUCUUGGAGGAGAUGGAUUAAUGUUUGAAGUUAUAAAUGGUCUUAUGGAACGUUCUGAUUGGCAAAGAGCUUUUGAGUAUUUAACUUUAGCUAUUAUUCCAGGUGGGUCCGGCAAUGGAUUAGCUAAAUCUAUUGGUUAUGAAACAAAUGAACCUUACAUGCAGGACCCUAUAAUCAUAUCAACAUUAAAUGUAGUAGGAGGUAAUAGUCGCCCAAUGGAUUUAGUUAGAGUUGAAACUCUUUCACAGGUUGUUUAUUCAUUUCUAUCAGUUGGUUGGGGAUUUAUUGCUGAUAUUGAUAUAGAAAGUGAACGAUUGAGGAUAUUAGGCAAUCCUAGAUUUACAAUUUGGAGUAUUGCUCGUCUCAUUGGUUUAAAAACGUAUCGUGCUAGGUUAUCUUAUAGUAAAGUUAAAAAUGUUGAAGCUAAAGUCAGUAAUUUUACUAAAAAUUCAUUUUUUGAUUGUAAAGAUAUUAAUGAUGAUGAUGAAACUGUAUCAGUUGAAUUUGGAAUGGACCCAGUUAGUUUAGAAGAGUUUGAUUUUCGUGAACGAGUUGAAAGUUUUUCUUCGGUUAUUUCAAAACGCUCAGCAUUUAUGUCAAUUCAUGAAUCAUCAAGUUUUACAUCAAUUCCUGAUAUAAUUGAAGAAUCAGAUAUAAGAAUGCGUGGUCCUGCACCAAAAAUACCUCCUUUAUCUGAACCAGUUCCUUUAGAUUGGGAAAUUUUAGAAGAAGAAUUUGUGAUGAUUCAUGCUUCAUAUUUAUCUCAUAUUUCUGAAGAUUUAAUAUUAGCUCCUAAUUCUAAAUUAAAUGAUGGUGUUAUAUGGUUAUUAAUUGUUAAAAGUGGUAUAUCCCGAGCUAGUUUUCUUCAAUUUUUAUUAGCCUUAUCAACAGGAAACCAUUUAUCGUUUCCUUAUGUUCAAAUGAUCCCCGUCAAUGCAUUCAGGUUAGAACCACUAUCAGGAGGAAGUCAUAUUGUAGUUGAUGGUGAAUUAUUAAAACAUAGCCCAUUGCAAGCUGAAAUUAUGCCUGGAGUAACAAAUGUUUAUGCUCGACAGAAACAUUAAUUGUAUGUUUGAACUAAUUUUUUAUGGCUCAGGGAAACUUAUUUUAAGUUUAACUUUACUAUAAUCUAUUUACCUUUUACUUGUAAUUAUACUUUUUCUUUGAGUUUUUUUUACUAUUUUUUAAUAGUAUUAAAAUAUUUUUGUUAAAUUUAAAGCCCAAUUCAAAUACCUGUUUACAAAAAACAAGUUAGAUAAUUAAUUGUUAUUAUUAUUAUUUAAAACAACUUAUUUUUCUAUAAUAAUACUUACCAUUAUUUAGUUAAAAGUUUUUGUUAGUUAUGCUCAAUAUCUCAUUAUUACCAAAGAGUCUAUUUUUAUUAUAAUAUGAAUAUGUUAAAAAAUAUAUGCAAUAUAUUUUUGUAUUGCAAUUUAUUAAAAGUUACCAAAUUUUUUAUUAUA